AUGGCCUAUGAGACAGAAGAUCAUGAGAUUCAAUACUGCUUUCCUGCCAUCAACUCAUCCUGUUUCAAGAAACUUCACACUCCAACAAAUCUGAUCAUUCUCUCUCUGGCUGUGGCUGACAUGCUUAUUGGACUUGUGAUGCCCAUAGAGGCCUCGAGGCUGAUUGAGAUGUGCUGGUACUUUGGAGACACUUUCUGUAGACUCUAUUCAAUAUUUAUUUGGAUGCUUCUCCCAGCAUCUCUUAGUAAUUUAGUUUUAAUUGCUGUUGAUCGUUAUAUAGCUAUUUGUCAACCUUUACUGUACCCACAGAAAAUAACCAUAACUAAAACAUUAAUAAGCAUCUGUCUGAGCUGGGUUUGCUCCUCAACUUAUAACACUACCUUGGUAAUUAAUAACAUUUCACGCAAAACAAACAUAUGUUAUGGAGAGUGUUCUGUUUUAGUGGGUUUUGCUUGGAUAGUCACUGAUCUGUUCAUGUCUUUUAUUUUUCCUUGUAUCUUGAUCAUAUCUUUAUAUUUGAGGAUUUUCUAUGUUGUACAUCAGCAAGUGAAAGUUAUAAACACCCUGAUGAAAGGUGGCAAAUGCAUAAAUGAAGGUUCAGUGAAAAGGAAAUCUGAGAGCAAAGCUGCUCUGACAUUAGGAAUCAUUGUCACAGUUUAUCUGCUUUGUUGGAUUCCAUACUAUAUCUGUUCCAUAUCAGCAGUUUCUUCCACAACCAUAAAUGUUUUGACAUGGUUCAUGUAUAUGAACUCAGGUCUGAAUCCUAUGGUAUAUGCUUUAUUUUAUCCCUGGUUUAAAAAAACUGUUAAACUCAUCUUAACUCUAAAAAUAUUUCAACCAGCAUCCUCUCUGGUCAAUAUUUUUUUCAGAACAUAA